AUGCAGGCCAAGAAGCGGUACCUGCUUGUGUCUGUGGGGGCCGGUCUUCUCUUCCUCCUUUACCUGUGGGCUCUGCAAGUCGGGGAUUACCACCAGAACCAGCCAAACCAGUACCGCUAUAACAGACACUUCUCCCAGUUCCCCCAGUAUCCUCACCAGUACCAGCAGUAUCAGGAGUACACCUACCAUCAGCGAGGCGGAGUGGAAAGCGUGGAGGCGUUUCUGCCCGGGCCCCAGCCUCUGCCCCAGCGAAACCCCUCUCGACUGCCCCGACACUGGACUGGGACCACAGAGCCACUGGAGCCCUACCUGGAGGGGGGAGAGCAGGAGGAGGACAGCCCACAGCUCCAGCACCAGCACACGUCUCCUCGCGAGCGCAGGGCCAUCCGCGACAACAUAUACAGGAACAGGCGCUGCCGCAUGGAGACCUGCUUCGACUACAGCCGCUGUCAGUCAGGCUUUAAAGUGUACAUCUAUCCCCCGCAGAGAGGGGACGAGAUCUCAGAGACCUACCAGAAGAUCCUGUCCGCCAUCGAGGAGUCACGCUUCCACACCGCUGACCCCUCCAAGGCCUGUCUCUUCGUCCCAUCUGUGGACACUCUGGACCGGGACCUGCUCUCCAGCCAGUAUGUCCAAAACGCUCGCACUCGGAUACAGAGCUUACCCAUGUGGAACGACGGCAAGAACCACCUCAUUUUCAAUUUGUACUCAGGCACAUGGCCGGACUACACAGAGGAUUUGGGCUUUGAGGUGGGACAGGCCAUGCUAGCCAAGGCCAGUGCCGAUGUGGUCAACUUCAGACCCAACUUUGAUAUCUCCAUCCCUUUAUUCCCAAAGGAGCACCCGCUGAAGGGAGAGGCAGUGGGCUAUGUGACUCUGAGCGACGCACCGCCAUCCAGGAAGUACCUGCUGGUUUUUAAAGGGAAGCGCUACCUCACGGGGAUCGGCUCCGAGACCAGGAACGCCCUUUACCACAUCCACAACGGGGACGAUAUUAUCCUGCUGACCACCUGUAAGCACGGCAAGGACUGGGAGAGGCACAAGGACACCCGCUGCGACCGAGAUAAUCAGCAGUACUCGAAGUUUGACUAUCAAGAGCUGCUCCGGAACUCCAGUUUCUGCCUUGUCCCUCGUGGCCGGCGUCUGGGAUCCUUUCGCUUUCUGGAGGCUCUGCAGGCUGCGUGUAUCCCUGUGAUCCUGAGUAACGGCUGGGAGCUGCCCUUCUCUGAGGUCAUCGACUGGAGGAAGGCGGCGGUCAUCGGAGACGAGAGGCUGCUGCUACAGGUGCCCUCCAUCACCCGGUCCGUGGUCCGUGACAGGAUCCUGGCUCUGCGCCAACAGACCCAGUUCCUUUGGGACGCCUACUUCUCCUCUGUGGCCAAGAUCGUCCUAACCACCCUGGAGAUCAUUCAGGACCGUGUGGACUCCCAUAUCUCCAGAAAUCAUUUGUUGUGGAAUUCAUUGCCCGGAGGUCUCUAUGCACUCCCCCAAUACUCUACAGACCCUUCGCAGUUUCCCUUUUACUACCACAAACUGGGUAAAAGCCCCAUGCAGCAGUUCACAGCGGUCAUCCACACAGUAACACCGCUCCAGGCCCAGAUCUCCCCUGUGUUAAAGCUCAUCAUCGCUGUGGCCAAGUCCAAGUUCUGUGCACAGAUCGUGGUUUUGUGGAACUGUGACAAGCCUUUACCUCAGAGGAACAAGUGGCCCUCCACCAGUGUGCCUCUCUCUGUCGUCCAAGGACACAACCAGAUGAUAACCAGCCGUUUUUUCCCACACGAUGCCAUUGCCACAGACGCUGUCCUUAGUCUGGAUGAAGACACUGUUCUGUCCACCAAUGAGGUGGAUUUCGCCUUCAUUGUGUGGCAGAGUUUCCCAGAGAGGAUUGUGGGAUAUCCAGCCCGGAGUCACUACUGGGACAGCUCCAGGUCGCGCUGGGGCUACACCUCUAAAUGGACCAAUGACUACUCCAUGGUACUGACAGGGGCAGCCUUCUACCACAGGUACUAUCACUACUUGUUUACACGGUACGUCCCAGCCAAUCUGCUGAAGACAGUGGACCGCAUGGCCAACUGCGAGGACAUUCUCAUGAACUUCCUGGUGUCGGCCGUUACUAAGCAACCGCCUAUCAAAGUCACACAGAAGAAGCAGUACAAGGAGACCAUGAUGGCACAGGGCUCAAAGACGUCGCGCUGGGCAGACCCGGACCACUUUGCUCAGAGGCAAACCUGCAUGAACGCCUUCAGCCGCUGGCUUGGCUUCAUGCCCCUGGUGCACUCCCAGAUGAGGCUGGACCCUGUGCUGUUCCGGGACCAGGUGUCUAUCCUGAGGAAGAAGUACCGUGACAUAGAGCGAUUGUGA